GCAGGCCGUUGAAUAUGCUGGUAAAAAUAGAUUUUACUCGUAUGUAGUGGGUGGAGGAGACAGGAGAUGUACAUUGCAACGGGUUGAUAACUAUUCCAAGCGCUGCGCAGGUUAUAGAGGGUUGGUAGGGAGCGGCGAGUAAGCUGUACUGUGAUUGGUCGAGUGUACCGUUUUUUCGUGUACACCACAUCCCUGAAUACAAUAUUCUAGCUUACGGAGAACUCGUUUUCGUUUAGAAGUCAGUCAGUCAGAUUCAGUAGCAGUACAGUAGUAGUCAGUACAUUCGGUUUCGGUUCAUCAGUUCGGUUCAUCGGUUCUCCUUCUCUGUCAGUUGCAUUGCAUCGUUCGGUCUGUUUCUCGUUUCUUUCAUGUGGUGUCGUCGUCUCUUCCGUUGUUGUGUUGUGCUUGUGCGGAUUUCUUUUUGCGAUCGCGUUAUUCGUUUCGAGGUAAGAUGUUCACUGUUCAAUAUCAGUGGCAUCUUUCUUAUUUUUUCAUCAGUUAAAUUAUUUAAAUCGGCAAAUCGGCGUUGUUCGAACCUCUUCUCGCGAUCGCGUGUGACGCCUCGUGCCUCGAAGAAUGAAGAAAUAAUGAUGCAACAUUCAGGAUCCGAGAACCAGCUUCGGUCAGAGCCGGAUUGGUAAAAGUAUACCAAGAAAUGGAUGCCUGAAAAUGCGGACUGUGGAGUACAAAAUUAUUUUCAUGUUCGAGAAUACGUAUAGUAUUUUUCAUUCAUAUUUCGGUCUGAUGCUUUACCCCAAGAGAUCCCGAAUCAUCAGUGUGGUUUGAAGGCUCCUUGUAAUCCAGUCUUAUCAUAUACAGUCCGAAUGUGAAAGCCCAUAGCGUGAUCUCUUAGAUAAUUAACUCGAAUAAACGCGUACACGCUACAAACUUGAGCCAUGGAGUAUUACCAGAGCAAGAAAUCCAGCAUCCGAGACAACAAUACUGUAGUUUACGAAACCCUUGACCGUGGUCAUCAAUCGGAUAUCACGAGGGUUAAAAAACCCGACAAGGCAACCAAUGCUUCGGGCAGACGUAUGUUUACAUUUAUAGGAUCGGCAGGCAGUAGACACCAUCAGCAGCCUAAGCACAAAGCACCUCUUCAUCCACCACCUCCUCCGUCUAGAUCUCGAACUCCGAGCAAGAUGGGAGCGACCCCCAGAACACAAACGCCAAACAGCAGACACGUGCCGAGAUCUAGAAUUCAAUCGACAAGUAAACAUAAACCUUCGUCCAUCAGACAACACUCAGCUAAACGAGAUCAUUCUUCCGCAUCGAAGGUAUCGGAAUCAAAACGUGAUCUAUCUUCGGCAUCGAGGCAAUCUGAGACUAAACAAGCUCGAUCUUCUAGAUCUACCAGUUUGAACGCCAAAAAAGACUCCUCGAGAUCGUCCAGCUCAAACAGUAAACAUCGAGAAAUUAUAGUUUCCGAGGAAGUUCGCGCGUCCAAACCUAGCACACCGAUUGAGAUCAAGAUACCAUCGCCUGAGCCGGCCAAAGACGCAAUCUCACCAGCUAUUUUGGUCAACGACGAGCAUAAAAUUGAAACCAAAGACGAGCACGGGUCGCCGAUCUUGGCCUCGAUUAGUUCAUCUGACGAAGACAACAAAGCCGACGAGGAGGAAAUAUCGUCUUCGCCUUCGGUGGUCGGAUAUCGUAAACUAGUCUAUAAUGAAAAAGACGAUAAAUGGGUCGAGUACUGGAAAAUCGAAGAGGAUGCUAAACGAGCCCAGAAAAAAGCCAGAGCUCAGAAGCUGCUGAGGAAAUGGGAAGUUGGGAAAAACGUACCAAAGCUGCAUCCGGUCAAGGGUCGAAUCACGUCUAAAAUUCAAGUCAUGUUCCCAACUGCUAUUGUGAAACCGGAUAGACGUCACGGAGGUGCUCUCUAUCAGAGCAUAUUGAUGACUGAUCCGCUGAGAAUCGAGUUGCAUAAGCGAAGAGCUCCCAUUGUGCCGACCUACUUUCAAGAACAUAUCGCCAAAUUCGGUAAGUUACCAUUCCGAAAUAAUCCCAGGGCACAUCCGAUAGUUUGAAAGGCGAAACAUAACCUUCGAACCAUAAACCAAAAAUUUUAACCAGAGCGGAUUUUUGAUUUUUACAAAAUAUACAACUAUGUAUUAUUCGCUUUAUUUCGAUCUGUAUACAAGUAAAAAUAAAAUGAAAAGGUUGCCAAUGAUUCAUGCCUUAUUCCCAUAUUCUCCAUUACUCAACUACCCAACUCCAUAAACAUAAACACAUUGGCACCUCUCUACCUAUACACUUGGCUGGCUGAUUUAUAGCGAGUAAAAAAUUAAUUCAAUGUCGAUUCUUCCCCUCACAUAUGCUUCCCUCCUCUGCAUUUUUUUGUACUUAUGACACUGAAGUGCCAUUAAUCCUAUAUCGUGGGCUCAUUUGUCACCAUAUUUGUGAUCUGUAGGAUUAGUCUAACAACUGUCAGCCUCAUUCGCCCUUUUCUUUUCGAUAAUAUUUCCAUAUCGGAUCCGGGUUUUCCUGGAAAAUUAUCUUACAGCUACCUUUAUCCUAAAAAAAAUAAAGGAAAUUAAAUUAAUUUCAGGAAUAAUUACACUUAUUUUUAAAAAUUUUACUUACAACGACAAAGCAUCAAAUUGAAAAAAAAACUUUUAGGUUCUGUUAACUGUUUUAGAGAGCUUCAAAAUCCUAAUUGGAAAUUGCAAAAUCAAAAUAUAGGUACCUAGUAUGAAAUUAUGUAUUUGCCAAAUGUUGAUUACGUUUCUUACCAAAAUUAUAGAUGCCGGAAGAAUUGUUCCGAUCAGAACGAACACAAUGAACUCAUUGAACAUUUCUUCCCUAUACGUAUAGGUUGCAUCGUUUAUCUGAAAACAAGGCACAGAUGUUUACACGGACCGUGUGCUGGAAGAAAAACGUCAGUAGGGCGAUUGAGGAUAUUUGGGUGAGAACCGAAAUAAGGAGAAAUCCCAACUACAUAUUUGAGCAAUAAAACCACGCAAGCUCGAGGGAAAAUUUUAAUGAAAAAAUCACGAGAAUUCAAGGUAAUAAAAUUCGGCAAAAAUUCAGGAAAAAUAAUCAUCAAAAUCAUGGAAAAUUUGUUAUGGAAAAACAUCACUACCAAAAUUCAAGAUAUAAAAAUCAAUCAAGACAGGAGAAAAUCCAUUAAAAACCAUCGAGAAAUUCAAAAAUAAUAAUAGGUACCUAUCGAAAUUUGAAACCUCUUAGUACAUUUCAAAUCAGAACUGAAAAAAAUUAAAUUCAUAACGCUGAAAAAGUAGUUGAAACUUCCCCAAUUUGGAGCCGAAGGACCGUGUGCUGGAAGAAAAACGUCAGUAGGGCGAUUGAGGAUAUUUGGGCGAUUGCGACGUACCUAAUUACCUAUCACGUGUAUUACCUAUAAUGGAGAAACACCUUCAGUUUUUCAAGAAAAAUUCUUAGGACUUACCUGAAGAAUUUAAAGGCAUCGGCCAACAGUUCUUUCCACUCUUCCUAGGUGUUGAUGAAAAUUUGCUGGCCAUCAAUUCUGUUAUCUCAUGGUCAUUGUCAUUCUGUUCAGGCGACUUUGGAGUGUCAUCAUGUGCUUUUUCCCAGGUUUCCAAUAUUGAAACCAUUCUGUCGGUUUUCCUGGAAAAUUAUUUUACAGCUACUUUUAUCCUAAAAAAAAAUGAAGGAAAUUAAAUUAAUUUCAGGAAUAAUUACACUUGCUUUGUAAUUUUUAUUUACGAUGACAAAGCAUCAUCAAAUUGAAAAAAAAACUUGACUGUAUCAAAUAAUGGAGAACACCUUCAGUUUUUCAAGAAAAAUUCUUAGGGCUUACCUGAAGAAUUCAAAGGCAUCAGCCAACAGUUCUUUCCACUCUUCCUAGGUGUUGAUGAAAGUUUUCUGGCCAUCAAUUCUGUUAUCUCAUGGUCAGGAUUAGUUGGGUUAAACACUGGACUCACAUUCCUGAACAUAUGAGUUUUGUAUUUUUGCAUUUAUUUGGCCAAUCUUUGUUCAUUUUUUUAUGAUUGCAUCUAUUUGGCAAAUCAUUAUUUGAGCAUUUCUUUGGAUUGUAGGAUGCUCUCUUCUGUUCACGCUUCUUGCGGUCACAUGAAACUAUCUUGAAGACCUGCUACAAAAUAAAUUGAAUUACAAGAGAAUAUUAAUCAUUCAAAUAAUUGUUGUUGGUGUUGGGAUGGUUCAAUUUUUGAUUAACCUCCGCCACCAUUGGUAAAUGAAGUCCCUAUAAUUUUAUUUUUAUCAUUGUGGCAUUGUGGAAUCCAGUUGAUGACAGUUAAAGAGGAACCGAACGGUGACGGUGCCUUUGAAAUGACGACGCGAGUAAGAUGAUAUGCAAAUUUACUACCUAUAAUAGGGUCAUUCCUUGCCAAAUCGCCGGAUUUCCAGGUUACCAGGUUACCCAGAUGAAAUCAGCAAUAUCUAGUUUACUCGAAAUCUGCAAUCUCUAUGAAGCUGGCAUUCGCCAAUCUUGAAGGUCGAAAACAUUCUACAACUGGUGAGUGAUGAUAUUACUUCUUACAAUUACUCGUAUAGUUCACUUCUAUGACGAAGUAUUCAUUACGAGAUCCAAGGUGUAAACAACACUGUACUUUCAUAGCAAACCAUUUGGUGUUUUUUUUUUUGUGGUUUUCCAACCAAGCCGAAUGUUUGACUAUUUUAGGUACGUACAUUAGUACGAUCAUUGCGUAUUUAAUGCUUGUCCUGGUAGUGUUUGUUUAAUAUCUUUUGUAUCAUAAAAUUGUUUUCUGUUUAACAUGGAAAGCGAAAGCAGUUCUCAAACACGAUUGUGAGCUUCAAUUUAUUAUUUUCAACAAUAUCGAUUUGGCAUUUUGGACGUGCGUUGAUUUUAAUGUUUUCGAGUUUAUUUCUCAAGGUACCGAUCUCGUCUGUCUUUAAGUGAAUGAUUUCAUUCAAUUGACAAACUUCUUCUUUAAGCGUAGACACCUCCUCGUGAUCAAGAACAAUAUCGCCAGCGUUUCGAUUAACUUCUUGUAGUUCUUCGAUUUUCUUUGAUAAAUUCGCAAUAAUAACCGAACUAGCUGUAUCUUACAUCAGGAUUUAUAUAGAUGUAGGGCUUCCACUUUUGCUUCCUCGUCCUUGGUGAAACAAAGGCGGUCAUAUCAGAGGUGCGUGCAUCUGAAUUUUUUUUUCUUUGUUCUUCGGCCAAAGUUGUAACAUUGAUAUUAUGCAGAAGCUGAAAAAUGGAUCAGUGACAGUUGAAAAAGGCAGUUUAUCAGACAUUACCUUCCCUGGGGAUUUACAUCAGAUCCAUGAAUAAGUGUAUAUGGUAAUCGAACACCCAAGUGAAGUCUAGGGUACCAUCAGGGUGAAGAUACUCGAUCUUCCUUUGCGUAUGACCUGAACCUGCCGGGUCUUGUCUCGUCUCGUAAGUGAUAUUUCCCAAACUGUUACGGUAAUAAUCGGGCAGUGGGACAGGUACAAAUUAUUCGCUCAAAUUGAUAACUAAACAUAUUAACUAAAAAUAAAAAAAUAGGUAAAUAAUAUAAUUAUAUUUAAACGUAAUAAAAAUAAAUUAAUUAAAUAUUUAUAAUUAAAAUAUUCAAUAUUAAAUUAAAAAAUCAUAUAAAAAAUAACUAGUUCGUCGAAUAAUAUUCAACUAUCAUCCUAGCUGUAUUUUCAAUCAUCGAUAAUUUCAACCUUGAAUAAUCAAUGUAAAAAAAAUAACAUAAAAAAAAGUGUUGCAGGAUGGCUUCCAUACCUACAUCUUCACAGGUGGGAUUUGUAGGGUUAACUAGGAUCCUCGACAAUCCUUUUAUUUUACAGCAUUCGAUGGUUUGUUUAUAUGUACAAAGAAAUCUUCAUUUUUCCAGCUAAAAUACAGUCAUCCAAUUUUGUGACAAAAUGUUCAUCCCAUGUUGUAAUGUUGACUGUUGCUAUAAAACAGGUGGAUCUUUUAGUAAAAUAUUUCAUUAAAAAAUGUGUAGUGUAGGUACGUAUUUAAAACAUUCCAUACCCGUUCUGUCCGUGAUUUUAAUUUUUCGUAGUGUUUUAUUUUGACUGCUAGAGUGCUAGUGGACUGCACUUCUUCUAUAUGAGUAACUAUGCCACAUACGUUGUUCAUUAUUUUAUGAUUGCAUCUAUUUGGCAAAUCAUUAUUUGAGCAUUUCUUCAGAUUGUAGGAUGCUCUCUUCUGUACACGCUUCUUGCGGUCACAUGAAACCAUCUUGAAGACCUGAAGUCCCAAUACUUUUAUCUUGAUCCUUUUGGCAUUGUGGAAUCCAGUUGAUGACAGUAGUCUUCUAUUUUGACUCUUUAUUCAACUCUUCCCAGUCUUUUGGGUUUCUUUUUGAUCUUACUAUAUGCCAGUUGGAAAGCACACAUUCUAAAACAAAAUGAACAAAUAUCUCAAAAACGUAAUGAACUGAUGAAUAAUUCUUAAAGUAGAGUAUAAAGUUGGACUUCAUAAGGAUUAGUACUCGUACGUUCCGAAUCUUUCUUCAAAAAAUCAAAAUCAAUAAACUCCUCUCGGUCAUGCUCGCAGUUUCCAUUGGUUUUGAAAUCAUUAUACAUGAACCAAGUAUAUUCACUUCAAAGAGAAGUUCGAAGCGUACGAGCUGUAGGCUCUCCAUUUCUGAGCUCAUGCCACCCGGCCCAAAUUCGCCGAUCAUUCUCCGCAUAAUGUCGGUCCCUUUGCAGUCGUUCCCGCCUCUGGACCAUCCGAUUCAGGUGCCUUUCGGCAUAUUCUCGUUCGAGCCGUUGCAUCUGAGCUAUAGGAUGUACAGUGAGUUAAAUUUUUGUUUUUAAAUGUUUGUAUUGAAAGUAAGUUUUAUACUUACUAAUCCAUGCCCAGGCAGCCGGACGUCCAUUUGCGCCGUUGCCGCAUCGUUGGGUGAGCGUUAUAUGUUAAAAUAAAUUAAACUGAAAAUUAAACAAAAAUUAAGUUAUAUUUUCUUAAAAAUUUUAUCAAUUUAAAAAAUUAAAUAAAACAAUAAAUUAAAAUAUACUCACUUCGGUAAUUUUGAAGGACUCUGUGUAUGUUUUUUUGAUUCCGGGGAAUAGAUUACGGGGGCUUUCUGGUUACGCGCUUCAGACACCUUGAAAAUGUAGAUGAAAUCUCGAAGCAACAAACAUCAAAAAAUCGGGACCAUGCGGUCCAAAAUACUUUCCCAGUUUCAGGAAUGAUAUAUUUCAUUAUUUUGAUAUUAAUGCAACAAUAUUAGGGUGGUCCUUAUUUUCACAUUUUCGAAUUUUUUUGAUUCCUCCCCCCAAAGUUGUUCCCUUAUAUGAGAAAAUAAAUCCCUGAAAAUUUUAGUCGGAUCGGAUAAUAUUAACCCGUGCCGCAGAGCAUCUGAAAUUUUAGAACUGGCAGACCGCGUAGCCGUUGUAUUUUCCACGAGAGCUGCGCGGCGUUGUUCGUGUUUUCCCCGACACGCAUAUUUCAUAGUCCUGUAUUCGGCUGGAUGGAGUGAAAAAUUUUUUUUUCAACAAAAAGGUCUUCUUUGGAACCUAAAUAAUGAUUCUGGAGUAUAAUCGGCAUCGGAAAAUAUUUUGAGGUGAUUGAGGAAUAAUUUCUAAAAAAUGCUCAAAAUCAACAUGGGAAAGUUCCAACAAUUUUUGAUUUUGAAAAUGUAAUACCAAAAAGGGAUAUCAAACUAUGUCAAAAUAAACCCCAAACCAGUGUUACCAAUAAUUUAUUUUAUUAAAAAAAAAAUUAAUAUAAAAAUUGAAAUACUUUCCUAGGUAUAUUAAAAAAAUUGAUUUUUAAAAAUUUUUUUCUUUGUUAAAAUUUAAUUUAAAAAUUAUUAACUUAUUAUUACUAAACUUCAAUUGUUUUUAAAAAAACAUAAUUAUUGCUCCUUGAUACUCGUAGCUCACAGGGGUGAUACUUGUCGAAAUCAUUCCAAAAGGCUAUGUCCCUUUAACAAUUUUUAUAAUGAAGAAAAUAUUAUUGGCACGAUGUAACUGAUGUAAGUAAUAGCUGUAAGAGAUGAGCAAUCUAAAAUUGGUAACACCGGUUUGGGAUUUAUUUUGACAUCGUUUGGUAUCCUUUUUUUGGUAUUACAUUAUCAAAAUCAAAAAUUGUUGGAAUUUUUUCAUGUCGAUUUUGAGCAUUUUUUAGAAAUUAUUCCUCAAUCACCUCAAAAUAUUUUCUGAUGCCGAUUAUACUCCAGAAUCUUUCUUUAGGUGUCAAAGGAGACCUCUUUGUCAACAAAAAUUUUUUUUACUGCAGCCAGCCGAAUACAGGACUAUGGAAUAUGCGUGUCGGGGAAAACACGAACAACGCCGCGCGGCUCUCGUGGAAAAUACAAUGGCUACGCGGUCUGUCAGUUCUAAAAUUUCAGAUGCUCUGCGGCACGGGUUAAUAUUAUCCGAUCUGACCAAAAUUUUCAGGGAUUUAUUUUCUCAUAUAAGGGAACAACUUUGGGGGGAGGAAUCAAAAAAAUUGCAAAAAAAUUUUCGACCAUGUAAAUAAGGACCACCCUAUGCAACAUAUUCGUGAAGAAAAAAUUUUCAGAACGAGAAUUUGUUCAAAAAUGAAGAAUUUGCAAAAUUUUAACUGCUCAGUUAAACCCUCAAUGUAGUUCCGGGUUUGACGACAAUAGGCCAAAUGAACGCGAAAUCUCAAAUACUUGAAUACUUUCUGUCAACUGAAUGUUUCAAUAGUAAACUUUUUAAAAAUUCGUUGAAAAUGUGGUGGUCGAAAUAUUUUAAGAAAUCUGAGAUAUUUAAAAAAAAACAGAUAUUAAAAAAAACGCGAUACAUAUUUAAUAAAAUUAUGAGAACUGUAGAAAUACUUGCUAGGAUCGACCAAAAAACGUACUUCACAAAACCAGACUAAUUCUCUUUUAGUCAACUGAUUGUUUCAAUAGUACACUUUUUAAAAAUUCGUUGAAAAUGUGGUGGUAAAAGGUAUGCAGAGGGAUUCAACCAACACAUUAUUUUUUCAAUGAACUUCUUACCCCAGUUUACCUGGCCAUCCAAUUUGGUGUAUUAAGCUAUUAAAUAGAUAUGUUUAUGACCUGCGUAUCGACAGGUCAGUUCCUUAGGAAAGAAUAUCUUCCCUGUUUGCUAUCAAGAUGAUUUUGUCAACGAGAAAAGUAUCAGAAAACUUUGAUCGUAUGUCUCUGAUGCCGCGUUGUGAUGAAUCAAAAAGGCGCAGGGAGAGGAUGUCAGGUUUCUGACAUAAUUUCUUUGGACGUUUUCUUGAAAUUCACAUGUUUUUCUUUAGAUUUUUAGUUCAAUGAUUCUGUAAAAAAAAAAAAAUUAAAAAAAAACAAUUGUACAAAUUGGUUUGAAUUUACAUCAGCUGCUCUUGCUUCGAAGUUUGAGAGUUCAUCGCCACAAGUCGCUGCUUGUUGACUGUUUUCUGCAGGUUAUUGCAUUUCAUGUUGGCGUUCGCAAGCGCUUCUUCCAGACACGUAAUGUCUUUUCGACAUUUGUUGUAAUUUAGCUGCAGCUCUAAUAUAUCAUUCUGCGUUUUGCAAGCGAAUGCUUUAGAUUCGUUCCAAGUCACUUCCAGCUUACACAGCCGCAUAUCGUGCUCAAGAACAUCAUCAUCAAUAAUAAUGACUUCUGGCCAGUCAUUGAUAUGACUGUAAGGGGAUUGAAUGCUCUGUCAAAACACGGAGAGAUGUAAUAAACAUAGGUUGGCACCUAACAUGAACUUGAAUUAGAUAAGCACACUUAUUUAUAAAUUUCUUACCAACAACUUGCAAAAAAUUGGGGUGUCCAGUACAUCUGUUAUCCGCAACAUGGAGAAAUACAGUUGAGUGGAACGCCUCAUGUGCUUUAUUAGUACACACUUCUUCAUCUGCCACUGAAAAUAUUUGUGUUCCAAUGGCUGAAAAGGACACAUAAAUAGACAGGUUUACAUUUCAGUCUUUCUUCUUAAAACGGACGAGCUAGAUGUAUGUCAAUGGGAGAAAACCUUUUGCAAGUUGCUCUAAUUUAUGCCCAUGCUCAGAUGAUGGAACAGCAUAAAGGUGAUAAAGUAGAGAAUAGCACAUACGUAAAGGUGAAGUAUCCAGAAUUUUGUAUUUUUAGCCUCCAACAGAGCACAAUGAUAUUAGACUAUCAUAAAUGGAAACUGUUUUUUUGUCAUGAGAAUACUUGAUAUGCAAAUGUAGUGUCCAAUUUUAUUUUUUUCAACACUUCCAUUAUAUAAAAUCUGGAUAUCAUCUGCCAAAACAGGCAUCUACAUUCGACGAGUAUAUGUGAUAAUGUUCCUUUUGUUCAAAUGACGAAAUGACCAUGGUAUAGAAUUUUAUAUUCAAAUCUUUCAUAUAUGUAAAAUAAAAUUUUACUUGCCACUUUGUAAAAUUCGGAGGAUGUUUGUCUGCUCACUGUAUAAGUUGUAAGACCUCCGAGACAGGCUAUCUUGAUUAAACAGAUUGAUUUUUAAAAAAAUGAACAACGUUAACAAAAAUUACAUUUUUAAUUAAAAAUAAAAAAAUAAAAAAAAAAGUAUAAAAUGAACUAAAACAACUACAAAGUAGAUAUAAUCGAGAAGUGAUUUUAAAAAUAUGUAAAUAAUAAUAAGAAAACGAACACAGAAAAAGAAAACCUACCCACUAUUCUUGUUCAGAUCGAUUAUCGACUGACGAUACCUAUCCAUCACAUCCACUUGUGAUCGGAAAUGACCAACAAAGGUUUCAACGAGGAAAAUAAUGCUUUCCCGAUGUAAUUUAUGUAAGACGUCGAAUCAUCACAUUUUACUAUUUCAUGGGGUAGAUCAUCCACUAACACUUGGUAACGAUUUUGCUGAACAGUUUGCAAUACGAGUAGCUGUUCAAUGUUAUCGUUCGUGAAUAAUAUUGAAGGCGGAACUGAAAUUUCUAUGUCCUGAUUGUCGGCUUUGGCUUCAUGUAUGUAAUUCUUCGUCGAAAUUCGCGAGCGAUUGAUUCAAAGUUUUAUUCGAGUCAAAUUCGACCUUUUAUUAUGUGCUUUGCAAGUUAGCAGAGACGGGCGUGGGCGGAUAUCCGAGUUGCAUUUUCCUGCAGACCGCAAUUUUGCAACCAAAGUUGUUUGGCAAUAGGAUCUUUUGGAAUGCUGUAACACAUACAUAUAUAAUACAUACUGUUCCCAGCAUUCUCAAGGACUCGUCUCAUAGAUCACUUUGUUGCUCGCAAAUCAGUGUUGUCUAUUCACGCUUCCAUACUUCGUCUCGUUGCGAGUGAUUACUAAGUCGAUCGCGUCUAUCAAUUCUUUAAGGGUAUAGUCCUUUUUUGCAUCGGUGAUCACCACAUCAUACACGCGUGUCAGGAAAUCAUCUAGAAACAAAAAAAUAAUACAUGAACAACGAAAAAUAAUACUAUAGGAAGGAGGUAAAAGCGUAAAAAAAAAUGAAGUUGUUGACAAAAUAAUAUGUUCUGAGGGUUGGAAUCACCCGAAUCUGCAUCAUGUUAUGAGAGAAAUGAGAAAGAAUUGAAUUCAAAAUCUUUCAUAUAAAAUAAAAUUAUACUCACCACUUGUAAAAUUGGAAGUAUGUUUGUCGGCUCACUGUACAAAUUUGAGACCUCCAAGACAGACUGUCUUGAGUAAACAAAUUGAUUUUUAAAAAGAUAAACAAUUUUAACAAAAAUUGCAUUUUUGAUUAAAAAUUUAAAAAAUCAGCAAAAAAACGUAUAAAAUAAACUAAAACACAGAGUAGAUAAUAUAAUCGAGAAGUAAUUUAAAAAAUAUAUAAAUAAACAAUAAAAAAAACGAACACAGAAAAAGAAAACCUACCCAUUAUGGGUUUAAUGAAAUUGAAACCUCAAAGAUUUGAGAACAUGGAAAACAGAUAUUCUCUAACGUAUCCUGAUUCAAUUUACUUGUGCACAAAUACUUGAUAUUUUGGUUCAUGAUACAUCACCGCCACGCGUUCUUUUUUUCAUCGUCGAGGAGAAAUAAAUAUAAUGGCUAGAGUAAAAUAUUCUAAGAAAACAUCACCGCCACGUUUCGGCUUAAAGAAGACCGUAUGCGUAAUUCUACCGAGGGUAGAUGUAAACGAAUUCCUCAGAGAAAGAAGAAGACGAAGCUUGACAAUUACUGUAAGAUUCUUCUCAUCUUUGAACAAUAAUAAUAAAACUGCUCUAAUGGUUUGAAUCAUACCUUUAAAACAAGGUGGUUGAUAUCUGAAUGCAAAAUUUUCCUCCAUUUUUUAAAAUAUGUAACACCAGAUCUCAACGUAAAUUGUUUUUUUCUGAAAAGCAAAUUAUAAUUAGUAAGACACGAUUUUAGAAAAACAAAUAGACUGGAUACCAAUUUAAACUCGAAAUGAAAGAGAAAAAAAAUCUCAUAAAAAAUAGACAUAUAAGACGAGCCCUGUAAAAUAUCAGUUACCUAUUUAUACCUAUUAUUUUGAAGUUAUCGUAUGAACUCACCUAUGGAAUAUACGAUAAGGGUAGUAAAAGGUACAUUAACAAUAUACAAGACCUUUGUCUUUCUGUAUUUUCCGUAAGUACUUGGGAUCGUAGUAAACGUCAGGCAUCUGUCUGUAGGUACCUCGGUCGUUUCUUUGAAUCAAAUUUUUGCGUAUCAGUUUUCGUAGCUCCAGUCUUUUUACUUCUUCUCUAGCUGCAAAAAAUGUGAAUACCUACAUAUUUGUGACGUAUACGUUUCUUAGUCUGACCAGUAUAUCUUACUUCCUGGGAGUAGUUCAUACGACUUCUUCGGUAAACUCAACUGUAGAAGUAUUUCCUUUUCAAUUGCAGACAGGUUUUUGAGAUUACGCUUUUUAGUAUUUUGGUUUCCGGUCAUCAUGUUCCGUAUUUUCACGGAAAUUGCUGGCGUCAACAAUUUAAUUUUAAAUAUCAAUCCUACACCAAAUUGGUUCCCAAAUUUUUUCAAAAAAAAGUCGUAGCUACUUAUUUCAAUCUAGCUGUACAGACUCAAUCAAGAAAAAUAGUAAAAUCUGUUCGACACAAUGGCUAUAGUAAAGGUACGUAAAAAAAUUCCAGAGCUUUUUUUGCGAAAAUUUUAUACCGAAACAUUGUACAUAUUAUAUCAACUGAACAAAAAUACGAAUAUCUAAAAUACGUAAGUAAGUAAUCAGAUAUUAUUCUACAAAUGCCACACACUUUUAAAAUCCAUUCGAAGUAGCAACAAAUCCGGACAUCGACUCGAAAAUUCAUCAAAAAUACCACAUCGCGAGUUUCGUACAAAUAUUCGCGCUCCACAAUCGCAGGAAACGUUCCAGAUGGUAUUGGGACUGGAAAAAUGUUGCACUCCUUUGAUUGAGUAGUUUCAUACUCUUUCAUCGAUAUACAGGGUGGCCCAGUUAUGAGUGUGGUCAUUUUUUAAAAAAAUUUUUAUUUUUUAUUUUUUUUAUUAUUUCAAUUUUGAGAUCAAUUUUGAGGCGAAAUGGAGCGUUCCACGAGAAAAAUACAUCGACCAAACUUGUAGAGAAUUGAAUUUCCAACAACCUAUAAGGCAUUCAUUUUUCUCCAGAAUGCGUAGUUUUUCCGUUUUUUUCAAAAAACAAAAAUCUUACGAUGAUAUUGAAAAUUUUUCUUAUUUUAAGCAAAAACGGAAAAAAUAUGCAUUCUGGAGAAAAAUGAAUCUCUUAUAGGUUGUUGGAAAUUCAAUUCUCUACAAGUUUGGUCGAUGUAUUUUUCUCGUGGAACGCUCCAUUUCGCCUCAAAAUUGAAAUAAUAAAAAAAAAAAUAAAAAAUAAAAAAUUAAAAAAAAAUGAGCACACUCAUAUAACUGGGCCACCCUGUAUAGUUCGGUUUCGAUGACGUUGUCCUAAAGUGGUGAUAUUUCGUGAUACCAGGUACCGUUUUUCCACUUUGAAAAAAAGAAGCCCAAUCAUACGUAGGGAUAAACGUGGCUCCAUUACUCUCAUGUCCAACGAUGAUGGGAGUAAUUGAAUUUUUGUCUGGGGUCGCAUCGAUUGCAAUUUGAGCCACAUCCUUUAAGCAGUGCGCCUUACUCAUACUCAAUUUCCUCUUAAAUAAACCAAAAUAACAAUCAGGCGCAAAUUUGGUAUGGCCUGCCGGUAGAAACGAAAUUUGGACUUUCUUGUGUAAAUUGUUUGCUACCCGCCAUGUCAAAUACUGGAGUACGUAUCGGUUUUUAUUCUGCCCACAGCAGUUGUCCGCAUGGCAGAUGACUUUGUUCUCUCCAAGAGAAAAGUUUUCGAAAAAAUGGUGCACCAUUGAUAUCACCGUAUUCGCUCCUUUUCCAGUACCGCUUGCUUCUGGGAUUAUGCAGAGAAAAAAUUUGUUGAUGGGUUCGACAGCGAUCCCAAAUAACGCUACUUUGUACCCAGCAAGGAAGUAUAACGCACCGACCUGUUGACUGUCACAUGGAAGCAGUAUUUGUUGAAAUGUUGAGCAUAAUCGAAUGAAAUAAUUUAUAUUGAAAUGAAUUGAACUGAAAGUUAAACAAAAAUUAUAUUUUUUUAAAAUUUUUAUUAAUUUUACAUUAAAUUACAAUAUAUUUAAUUAUUAACCCUUUCGCGCCGAAUAUUGGUUUUUAGAUUUGGAUCAAAUUUUUUUUAUGGAAAUGUUCCUCAAGGUAAUGCUAAGAAAUGAGAAUUUUUUCGGUUUGCAUACUUCACUCCAACUCAGAGUUUUUGAGGCGGGAAUACAUAUUCCCAGCAGGUUUGGUGGGAAUUUUGUCCCGGGACAUAUAUGACCCAGUAGUACUGUGAUCCUGAUGGGACACCUGGGAACUUCAAAGUAUGUAAAUUGAAUAAGAUCGAUCAAAAACGUAUUUAUUCUCUAUAAAACAAAGUUACAAAUGGUCACUUAUGAUAAGUAGGGAAACAUGGCACACACUUACUGCAGAUCGUUUUGACACGUUUUUCUACUUUUUUGUCCUUCCUACAAAGAGCACAUAGUCUUCUUUUCUCAGUUACGUACAGAGCAUGAUCUCCAAUUUUCUAUUUAUUCGAUGGAUUUAUAAUACCUACUUGGUUUUACGAAGGUAUGGACAAAAUAUUACGUUGUCCAUUUUACCCUCGUAAAAAAGGAACCAGCAUAUGUUCUUCUUCUUUUCUCUGAAGGUCUUAAGCCCAUUUGGCUUUUUGUUUGCUAAAUGUCACUGAGAAAGAAAAAGAAAUGAGAGCAACCUAUCUUUGUGGCGGUGAGGUUGGGGAAAAAAGUGGGCGACACAUUUUGCAUUACAUUUAAAAGUAUCUUAUUUGUAUUGACUAUACAUAUUAUACGAUAGGGAAAUAAACAAUUAGAUGAAUUAUUCUUUUUUUGUUUUUUCUUUUUCGCCGUUCAGCUUCCGGUCGAGUAUGCUCAGUGCCCUGCAUGCCAAGUCGUAUCCUAUGAGCAUGCCCAUUAUGGUUUUAACUGAACGUGUCGGCAGUUUUGCUGACACAAUCGACGGCCGUUUUUCCGAGGGCGGAUAUCGCACAAAGAAUUUCCAAGUAUCGGCUUUCUUUCCUUCUUCUGUCAUCUAUUUUUCAAAAAAAAAAAAGGAAGAGGGGAGGGGGGAACAAAAGAUCAUUAGUUUAGUCAGUUCAUUAUGACUUUGAUUUUAUUUAUUUUUCUAAAGUUUUAUGGUCCCAUUUUAUCCAUUUUUUACGAUGAGUAAUUCCAAAUUGAGAAGUAGGUAGGUUCGUAUACCUACUUCUUUUGUUUAGGAGAGGCAGAAAAUCUGUCUUUGAAGUUAAUUGAAAUUUUAGGACUUUGCAUUUUAUGCUUGACUUUUAAGUAGUUUUGAGGUUUAGAAAAUCGCCUAAAAUCAAAUUUUAUAAUGGGUAGGUAAUGCCUAUUUAUUGAAUUUUUUCGAUUGUUAUUUAUUUUUUAUUCAUUGGAUAUUUAUUCCAAAAUUCAGUUUUUUGUAAAAUAGUUCAAAAGUUUUCUUUUUGUAAUUUUGAAUCGAAGACAAAUUCAUUUUGAUGUAGGUAGGUAUACCUACCUGACUGAAAUAUCGUCUAAAUCGUGAUUUUUGACGUUGACUUUCCUCGAGGUUGUUGGGGACUCCAUUUUAAGUGAAAAAUGGAUGGUUUUGAAAAAAAAAAAAAUCUUCAAAAAUUUUCUUUUUGGUAGGUACCUAUUGGGUUAAAAUUGAUUUAUUUUUGGAUUAUUUAUUAAAAUCUUCAUUCGUGAGUAUGAGCCAUAGCUUUUGUAUCGAUUUUCUCGAAAAAAUUGGGUAAUUUGCAAAAUUGCAUUUAGGUAGGUACCUAUUUAAUCUAAAUUUUACUUUUUUCAGUUUAAAUUUUGCUUAUUUAUUCUCAAUCCGUUAAGAAUGUUCAGUUUUUUGUGGUUUCUUCUUCGUACGAAGAAGAAAGGAAAAUCAUGACCAAAAAUCGACAGAAAUUGUUUGGUAGGUACCUAUCUGAAUUUUUAAUUUCUCCAAUGGUUUCAAAAUAAGGUUAUUUUUAAGUAAAUGUACAUUAAGUUUUAUCGGAAGAAAGUUCUUUUAAUUUUAGAAAGAGAAUUUUCAAUUUUUGGAGAAAUUUUGGAAGGUGCUAGUUUUCUUUAUACGCGAUCCACGAAUUUACAACUGAACUCAUGAGCAUUCUAAUGAAAACUUUCUUCCACCACUUCCGAGAUUUACGCCCCAGUUCGUACAACGACAUUUUUUGAUCUGACAAAUCCACACCGCCCAUAAUAUCGUUGUAUGUGACGGUCAUGGCUGGACAGUCAAACUCUUCUUUUUCUCCAUUUUUCAAUUUACGAUUAAUUUUCACCGUUUCCGGACCAUGGCAGUUUGAUAGAACGUUAACUUCUUUGCAAUCUUGCCAAUUGCUGGCAGUUGAGCCUUUGUUAUUUACUUGGUACCGAACAUCGCCUCGUUGCAUUUUGAUUUUUUGAAAUUUUGGAGUAGAAUUUUUAGUGGAGUUUCAUCGUAAAAUUGCACGUGUGAUCCAGCAUACUCUCAAUUUUCUGAUUGGGUAUGUUUCCGAAGAGGCUAAAUAUUGGAUCCAAGUUACAUUAUACCUCGAAGUGCAGUAUCUUGGGAUCUGCUUUUUGUUAACUACAGGUCACCUUUUGAACUCACACUCUCCUCUUCGAUUUGAACAAACUCAUACUCUCCUCUUCGAUUUGAACGAACUCAUACUCUCCUCUUCGAUUUGAACGAAACAAAGCUGCAUAGUUCAUUUCAAUAGGUACAUUUUGUCUGCGAUGUUAUAUGUCUUCCGCCACAAUUUUCUUCUUUGUAAAACAUGAAAUAAUAAUCUGGGAAUCAAUGCGCCUUCAGGAAACUCAUUUUGGUUGUAACACCUGUCAACUUUGAGAGAUGAGUACGCCGUAAGUAGUUACUACUUACACACUGUAAGUAGUUACUAUUUACAGCGUACUCAUCUCUCCAAGUUGACAAGUGUUACAACAAAAAUGAGUUCCCUUAUUCGUGAGAUAUAUAUUUUUAUUUUUCGCAGACCAUUAUGGUCAUUGGUCACCAGAAGAACAUCAUAAUCAACUAGUCAAUGGAAGUUUUAAUGGAAGUUUUCCAAAACUUCAACUAUCGUAUUAUUCUUCUUUUUUUCUUGUUAUUUGUAAUGAUGUAUUUUCAUCAGAUCAUAAAUCCAAUAUCCUACUAUGGUGUAAUAAUCUUCUAAUUAUAAGCACCAAAAAAAAAAAAAAAAAAAAAAUAUCCUACUAUCAUUGGUCCCAAUAUACGUAGGGGGCAUUUACCCUAA